UUCACUUUACUCCUGUCUCCCUUUUUCUGCCUCUCACUCAAAUUAGGUUUCUUCGAAUUACUGAUUCUUUAAUUUCAAAACAUUUCAAGAACAAUAUAUUUUUUUUUCGUAAUUGUAGAAAGGAAAGGUCUUUUUUGGUUUUUUCAAAUUGAUCUGUUUGUCAAUGGCUUCAGCGGUAUCGUCGUACUGGUGCUAUCGUUGCAGGCGGUUCACCCGGGUUCGGGUCCGGACGCAAGAUACAGUCGUCUGCCCCGAUUGUGGCACUGGAUUUGUCGAGCAAAUCGAAGCAGAUUCACGAUCUCCUCCGCCGAGUUUUUCGGCCGCCUCAAUGUACGUCGACGGAUCGCAGAAUCAGGAGCCUUUAACGAACCCGAGGCUACGCAGAACCCCGCGAAACAGAGGAGAUCGAUCUCCUUUUAAUCCAGUCAUCGUCCUACGUGGACCUCAAACCCCUGAUGGUGGAAAUGACGGAAGUGGUGCUGAGAGAAGAAAUUUUGAGCUUUACUACGAUGAUGGUUUAGGGUCGGAUCUUAGACCCUUACCCUCGACCAUGUCGGAGUUCUUGAUGGCGUCAGGGUUUGACCGGAUUCUCGACCAGUUAUCACAGUUGGAAAUGAACGGUGUCACACGAUUGGAUAAUCCUCCAGCGUCGAAAGCAGCGAUCGAGUCAAUGCCGGUGGUCAAAAUCGUUGAAUGCCACGUGGCAAAAGACUCACAUUGCGCGGUUUGCAAAGAGGCGUUCGAGCUUAAUUCAGAGGCUCGUGAGAUGCCAUGUAAGCACAUAUACCACUCCGAUUGUAUUCUUCCUUGGCUUUCGAUUCGUAAUUCAUGCCCUGUGUGUCGGCAUGAAUUGCCGAGGGAAGGUAGUAUCCGUAAUUUGAGAGAAUCUGGUAGGAUUAGUGACGAAGACUCGGUGGGUUUGACUAUAUGGAGAUUGCCAGGUGGCGGUUUUGCUGUUGGGAGGUUUGGUGGCAAUAGAAGAGCUGAGGAAGGAGAUUUUCCUGUUGUUUUCACGGAAAUGGAUGGUAGGUUUAGCAAUGCUGGUGGUACCCCGAGAAGGGUUUCCUGGGUGCCGAGUGGAAGGAGAGCUCGAGAGAGAGGUGGGGUUGGUCGUGCUUUUCGCAACUUUUUCUCCAUUUUUCGGCGUAUUAGGCAUACCUUUUCCCGUCCUAGUACUGACUUUGACAAUAGAAGUCCAUUUUAUGAUGUUAUUUAUGGCAGGAGAAAUACUUGGAAUUUUGAUGAACCCAGAUGGUGAAUCUAGUUUUUAUUGCUUUUGUGGGGUUUUGUUUUUUUAUUGAAUACUAUGAUCGUUGUUGUCUUCCUCUUAACAAAAGAAGCAUUUUGUAAAGUGUAUUAGUAAGUUUCUGUAAAUAAUGGCACUUGUGUUGAAAUAAAGAAAAAGGAAAAAUUUUGAACUAGUAA